AUGACAUUUUUUUUCAUAUUUUUCUAUCUUAACUUUUUUUUAGCUCCACAUAAGCCUUACCAAGAAAAAUAUAGUAUAUUUGAAUGUGGUUUUCAUAGUUUCUUAGGUCAAAAUAGAACUCAAUUUGGUAUAAAAUUCUUUAUUUUUGCUUUAGUUUUUUUACUAUUAGAUUUAGAAAUUUUAAUUUUAUAUCCUUAUGCUGUUAGUCUAUACGAUAAUGGUCAGUACGGAUUAGCAACUGUAAUGGCAUUUAUUAUUAUUAUUAGUAUAGGGUUUGUAUUCGAAUUAGGUAAAAAUACCUUAAAAAUAGAUAGUAGACAAUCAGUUGUUGAUUGUUAUAAAUCGACUCGAUUUCAACACACGUUUUGUCAAAACUAA